GACCAGGAAGCAGAACAGCUCCUGGCUGCGGCCGGGGCUGGGGGACGGGCGCGGGCUGCACCUGAACCCAGCUGUCCAAACACAGCCCUGCCUCCCCUUGUCAGCGGCCCUGAUGGGGGUGGGGAACUGAGGCCUCCUCCUCCUCCCGCCCGCUGCUCCUCACAGGCCUCCCGGCCCCGGGACGGGGAGGAGGCAGCAGCGGCAGCAGCUGGAGCCGGGGUGUGCGGGGCGAGGGGGAGACGGCGGGUCCCCGGUGCAGCCGGGUCGGCGCUAAGCCUCUCACGGAGAGAGACGGGCAUGAGCCUCCCCAGCCGGGCGGCUGCUGCUGCGGGCGGCCUGGCGCUGCGAGGCGACUGAGGCGGGAGCGGCCACUGAGGAGGAGAAGCCCUGUCCUCGCCGGGAACGAUGGGGAACUGCCUCAAGUCCCCCACCUCGGAUGACAUCUCCCUACUGCACGAGUCCCAGUCGGACAGAGCCAGCUACGGGGAUGGGACCGAACCGGAUCAGGAGCCGCCGCCGCCAUAUCAGGAGCAGGUUCCAGUUCCUGUUUAUCAUCCAACUCCUAGCCAGACUCGGCUAGCAACACAACUAACAGAAGAGGAACAAAUUAGAAUAGCGCAAAGGAUAGGCCUUAUACAGCACCUGCCUAAGGGAGUCUAUGAUCCUGGACGAGAUGGCUCGGAGAAGAAGAUUAGAGAAUGUGUGAUCUGUAUGAUGGACUUUGUUUACGGGGACCCUAUCCGAUUUCUGCCAUGCAUGCACAUUUACCACCUGGACUGUAUAGAUGACUGGUUGAUGAGAUCGUUUACAUGCCCCUCCUGCAUGGAGCCAGUUGAUGCAGCACUGCUUUCAUCAUAUGAAACUAACUGAGCCAGGGUUUUGCCUCUGACUUAUCAAGGAAACCAUCCAUUUUAAUGGGUUUGAUCCUUUGUCAUUCAGCCCAAAGAGCCAGGGAUUAGGAAUUAAGAUCAUGCACAAAAAGUACGUUUCCUAACAAUUCCUGAAUGGCUGCAGAUAUUGGAAAAACACAUAAUAUUUUAGAGAAUAUAGAAAAAGUAGGAAGUUAUUUUAUGUAAAGCCUUGACCCAAUAUUUUAAAACAUAGUUGUUCUUUAACGCCUGUUCUUACACACAUACAUAGGAAUUGUAUAAAGUUCUAAAAAAACCUGUAAAUGUUCAAAUUGAGUGUAUCAAAUGUUCUUAGACGUGAGAUAAGGAUAUUUUUUCCUAAAAUAAAGUAAAAAUUUUUGUUCUGAUUCCUUUCACAGGUUCCUGGUAUUUGGGUCAAGGCUUUAUUAAAAGCUACAUUUUAUAACACUGGCACAAAGAAAUAGUUUUAAGCUUGUUUGCACAGUUCUUUUUUUUCCCAUUGGAAAUGGAAUCCAUUGCCUUAGGUCUUUUUAAAUAGUGUAUUGUUAUCGUUGGGCUGGCUCUACGCUUGAAAUCCAGUUUAUUUAUAAUCUGUUAAAAGUGCUAUAUUUUGUUUGCAGUUAGGAUUAUGCAGAAUUCAGUGAUCUCCUAGCCUGUAAGCAAAUGGAGAUGCACUGUCCCUUUUCUAUAAGUGACAAUUCAAUGCAAGAAUGCAAAACAAAUCUGCCAGUUAAAUUUUGUUUUACCCUUUUCUGUUUGUUUUUCCUUAAUUUGCUUCAGUUUUGAUCAGACAAUGAUGCUUAAACUUAAGUGUCAACAUUUUUGAUUUAUUAUGUUAAAAGUGGACCACUGUGCUUCAGGACAAGAUGAAAAUGGAGCCAUGGUGAUUAAACUGUUCAGAACCAUUUAUUUCCCUUCUUACAAAAUUAAUGUCAGCGUUGAUUACUUCUCCUGCCGUACCCCCGCCCCCAAUGUCUUACACCAUAGCAAAAGGGUACUGCAUCUCUCCUUCCUGUAGUUCUUCUUAGGUUAUUGAAAUUAAAAAUAAACAUACUGUAUCUCAGACUCGGAAUGAAAUGUAUUUGUUAAGUCCUACUGGUGGACAUUUCAGAUAUAUGAACUGUGUUUUAUGUUUUGCACAUAAAUGUUGAGUUCAUAUAUAAACACAAUUUCAUAGUGAUCAAAGGGAAAAAAUAGUACAACUGAAGUAGAAGUGAUACAAGAGUCUACAAUUCUGAAGCAGAAAAGGUAUGUGCUUGGUAGAAACAAUCUAGCAAAAACCGUAGCUUUCAAUCUUUGUAUCUGCUUAGCAUGUGUUUAUUUUUUUUUCUUAAAUGUACUCUACUGCAGUGGUCCCCAAAGUGUGAGGCAUGCUCCCCUGGGGGAGCACAGAGGAACGUUUGGGGGUGGCACGGUGGGGCCUGGGCCAGCCCCCACAGGGGGCAGGGAGGGAACACACCCAGCCCCACUCUGCCCCCAGCCCAGCUCCGAUCUCAGCUGCAGCUCUGCUCUGCCCUUAGCUGCCGCUCCAAUCCGUCCCCUGCUCUGCCCUGAUCCCAGCCCCACUCUGCCCUUGCUCCAUCCCCAGCCAGCUCUGCCCUCAUUCCCUCUCUGCCCCCAGACCAGCUCCUCCCAGAUCCCCAGCUCUGCCUUCAGGCCAAGCUCCUCUGCUAAGACAACUGAGCAGUAAUGGAGGGGAGACUUGGACAGAUUCCAUUACUGGUUACGGGGGGCAGGGACGGUGACAGGAAAAGUUUGGGCACUGCUGCUCUACUGUGACUUUUAUACACUCAGUGCGAAGCUGAUACAUUGAGCCAGCUCAGUCUAGUAAAAUGGGAUGCAGGCUGAAGUUAACCGCAAUGAGUAAGGGAACAUUCUUGAUUGUUCUGUGUAUAUAGUUUGAGUGCUUGAUGUAACAAUUUAUAUUUAAACACACAAGUACGUUGAAAACACUGUGUACUUAUAAUAUAGAGCAAUUAUAUGUCAUUAAUGAUUUUAAAAGGUUGGUCAGUAGAAUGCAGAAUCAACAUGUUGGUUUAUUUAUUAGCCCUACAGCUGAAAGCUACACACUGUAUUGUAUAUGAAUUCUGUAGGUAUUCAAAAACAGUUCAGAACAAUCUACAGUACCAGAUUCAUUGAAAUUGUAAUGCAUUGCCUGAUUUCCCCCGCAUCUCACACACACUCUCUCUCUGACUUAAUUACAUGAAGCAAUUCUGAUAGGAAAGACCUGAAAUUGUGCAAUGUUCUCAGUGGCAAAUCAUUGGGGGGGGUGUGUGGGGGUGUGUUUUGUAACAUCAUAAUGUCCAUGUUUGUCAAGUAUUCUAGUCAGAUUUUUUUCCUUGAUUUUUAAAAUUCGCAAAUGAACAAUUUUUAAACAUCUUUUUCAUGUUGGUAUUUGUCUGUUAUAAUAUGUGAUCA